GGUAGACAAUGCGCGAGGUAGGAUAGAUCUGGACGAGUACAGGAGCAUAGGAAGAUAUGAGAACAUCUUGGAAGAUGGUGCGACGGACAACGCAUUGGAGGAUCAGGGGCUGAGCCCACAGGAUAACAUCAAUAUCCAAUUCACGUCCGGCACAACGAGCAUGCCGAAAGCUGCGUGUUUGACGCAUCGAAGUAUCUUGAAUAAUGGCUUUUCCAUUGGUGAUAGGAUGCUUUUGACAACAAACGACGUUGUGUGCUGUCCGCCUCCAUUGUUUCACUGCUUUGGUUGUAUUCUGGGUUACAUGGCUACAGCCACGCACGGCAGCGCCAUAGUGUUUCCCACUGAAGCCUUCAACGCCCUCGCAACUCUAGAAGCUGUCCGCGAGUACAAAUGCACAGCCCUAUACGGCGUCCCCACAAUGUUUGUAGCUGAACUUGAGCUCCUUUCCCAUGGCACUGUCCCGCGAGAAGGCUUUGAACACCUGAGGACGGGCAUUGCGGCGGGCUCAGCGAUUCCAUCGGAGCUUAUGCGUAAAUUGCACAAGAAUCUGAACUUGACGGAACUCACGAUAUGCUACGGUAUGACAGAGACAAGCCCCGUUUCUGCCAUGACUACUACCGAAGAUCCCAUCGAAAAGCGUAUCAACAGCGUAGGCCGUCUCCUUCCACACGUCCGCGCCAAAGUUGUCGAUCCCGCAGACUGGUCACGCACUCUGGCCGUGGGCCAGCGCGGUGAGCUAGCUGUCUCGGGCUAUCUGCUCAUGAAGGGAUAUUGGGGCGAUGUCGCACGCACACAGGAAGUCCUGCAGCCAGAUGAAGAGGGCAGAAUGUGGAUGCAUACCGGAGAUGAGGCAUCAAUGGACGCGGAAGGGUAUAUCAAAAUUACAGGCAGGAUAAAAGACCUGAUCAUCAAAGGCGGCGAGAACAUACAUCCAUUAGAGGUGGAAAAUUGUCUCUUCGCCCAUCCGGCUACUAGCGAGGUCAGUGUUGUAGGGCUGCCGGAUGAACGUUAUGGCGAGGUCGUGGCUGCAUUUGUGGUCAAGCAUGAAGGAGAGGAUGGGAACGUGACAGCGGACGAGGUGAGAAGUUGGGUCCGGGAAAGACUCAGUCACCAUUUGGUGCCAAAAUACGUCUUCUGGGUAAACAACUACCCCAAGACAGCAAGUGGAAAGAUCCAGAAGUUCAAGCUUAAGGAAUUGGGAAUUAAGCUGUUGCAAGAGGGUAAAGGGUUAGUGUGAGCGGCGUAGUCAUCCUUCCGCUCGCGCACACUGCCCGUGUAUUGUCCGGCGGCGUGUAAUAUAUUAGCGUUGCCAC